AUGUCGUUGUUCCAAAAUACCAAGACCUUCGGCUAUUUCAUGGUCUUUAUUUUAUGCCUAUCGCAUAUUGCUCUUGCUAAUCAAAGUAUUGAAAAUUUGUUUAAACCAGCUCAGUCCAAGCAAGGGAAGAAUGUGGGUGGUUUAACAACCCGUAAUAUGGGAGUUAUGAAGCGAAGUGACAUCCUCGGCGGCCUCUCACUUGUUCCACGCGACUGCUACUCCGGUUAUUCUGAGUGUCGGUACACCGGACGCUGCUGCCCAGACCCUUACAACCAUUGCUGUCCCAGUGGCACCUGUGUAACAGGAGAACAACCCUGUUGUGGUAAUUCCCAUGCCUGUGAUGUCGGUGAAUCAUGCUGCUAUGAUGGAUGUAUGCCUAAAGGCCAGGUCUGCUGCGACGUAAAACAUUACUGCAAUGCCCCCGACGAAUGCUGCGAAAAUAGUUGCAUGACACAGGGCUAUAACUGUUGUUCAAAUGGCCAAUCUUGCGAGCCCGAUAAUGUCUGUAUUAUCCGGGACGGGGAAAUGGGAUGUUGCCCGCGGGAAGGGUGCUAUUCCUAUGAAAAUGUUAUUUACUGGUACGUUUAUGUGUACUGGUACAUCGAGAUCUACUGGGAGGUUCGGGUGAAGGUGACGACGAGUACGGUAUCUCUCACUUCAUCGUCGGAGAGGACUUCAAGUACGCUGUCAUUGCGGGCAUCAAGAAGUGACGCUCUCUACUCGUCGUAUUCCAGUUUAAGCUCAAGUAUUGUCGAGGCCGCGUCGACGACGCCGGAUCUACAUGAUCUUCCGACGAGCACUACGACUACAAGCAACCCCACCGCUGUUCCCACGGGUUCAGGCUCAGGCUCGAACACAGAUUCUGAUACCACUUUCCCCUCGAACCGCAGUACGUUCCCUUCAGAGACAGGCCAGGGUGACGUGCCAUUAUCUGGAGGUGGAGCUGGUGGAGCUGGUGGAACCGGAUCUAUAAUCGGGCCCUCUGUCUUUGUAGCACUGGUUGGUGCUACCUUUGUUCUAAUGAUCCUUCUUUAA